CCACACGGUGACACAUACUCUCACUUCCGAGCCAUGUUUUUGCGAGUAACUAGACUUGGUGUGCGAUUUUUCGCUUUUGUGCUGUUCUGUAGUGAAUUGGUUGCCGCGCAAAGUAACCAACUGUUGCAGCUGCUAGCCGGCGUGAAAUACAGUUAUGGAGUUGUUGCUCCUGUCGGAUGGACAGUCGGUGCAUACAUUUGGUAUAUUGGCGUACUAGGAUUGAUUCUGGGAGCGCUGCUGCUUCUGCACGUCUCCAAAAGCUGGAAGGACCAAACACUAGGUUUUGGGUUUUUCGAUCGCAGUUACCAUUUCCAGCGAGCUUUCGGGGAUGGUGGACUUUUUGACAAACUGGAUAAGACUCAAGGAAACCUUGCUGACCAUCAGCUGUUCUGGACCGACCGAAUACGUAAGAUUGCCGAGAAGUUGACCGAGAAUCGUUAACAGGCGGAAGCAUAAAUGGAAAUAAAUUGAA